AUGCAUUCCAAGGCUACCAUCACGGCCCUGGCCCUGGCCGGGUUCAUCACCCCCUCCAUGACUGCGCCUGCCGGCAACGAGGCUCGCCAGGUGCCUGUCGACGCUGGAAGCCUGGGAAACACAGUUGAUGGCGUAGCUGGCUCCGCAACAGGCCUCGUCGACGGCCUCACUGGCGGUGCGACCAGCGGACUCACACAGGGCAUCACUGGCCCCGGCGGUGUCGUUGACGGCACCACUGACGCUGUUGACGCACUUCUUGGCAGCCUCGGCGCUCUGACUGGCGGCGCUGGCGCCGUUACCGACAUCCCCAAGGACGUCGUCGGCUCCGUCACGGGUGUCGCUAGCGGGCUCACCAAGGACCUCCCCAUCCCUAUCUCCGUGACGCCUGGCGUUGCCGUCGCCAAGGGUGCCCGUCGUCGCCACAACCGCCGUCAGCUCAGCGACGUUACCGAUGCCGUCAAGGGCGCUGCUGACGGCGCCAAGGAUGCCGCCGAAGACGCCACGAGCGCUGCCGGCGACAAGGCCGACAAGGCCACCAGCACAGCCAGCAGCGUCGCAGACGAGGCCACCGGUGUUCUCGGCUCUGCCCUAAGCCAGGUCACCGAGGCUCUUGACCUUGAGGGUCUUCUUGGUGGCGCCACCGGUGCCGCGUCUGGUGCGUCUGGUGCCGCUGGCGGGCUUCUCGACGCUGCCACUGGUAUCAUUGGUGGCAUCACCGACGUUGCGACCGACAUCCUCGGUAACAUCAUUCCCAUCCGUAACGUGAACGCCGAGUCUGUCGAUGACGAAACUGUCGCUUCCGUCAUCAACAUGCUGAAGAGUCUCCAAGAGGAGAACAAGCUUCAGGCCCGUGAGGAGGACCCCAUCAGCGACCUCAUCCAGCAGCUUCUCGGUAGCCUUACCGGCGGCGAGAAGAAGGGUGGCCUCCUCGGAGGUGCUCUUAUCCCUGGCAUCCUCAAUGUCAAGCCUGAGGAGGAGACCAAGAUCCAGGCCCGUGAGGAAGAUCCCAUUGCCGAUCUUCUUAAGCAGAUUCUUGGCCUCGCUGGUGGCGACAAGAAGAAGGGCGGCCUCCUUGGCGGCGCUCUCAUCCCCGGCAUCCUUAAUGUCAAGCCUGAGGAGGAGACCAAGAUUCAGGCCCGUGAAGAGGACCCUAUCUUCGACCUUCUUAAGCAACUUCUCGGAGGUGCUGGCGGUGGCAAGAAGGGUGGCCUGCUCGGCGGUGCCCUCAUUCCUGGCAUUCUGAACGUGAAGCCUGAGGAGGUCAGCAAGAUCCAGGCUCGUGAGGAGGAUCCUAUUUCCGACCUCAUCCAGCAGCUUCUUGGCAGCCUCACUGGUGGUGACAAGAAGAAAGGUGGUCUUCUUGGCGGUGCUCUCAUCCCCGGCAUCCUCAACGUCAAGCCCGAGGAGCAGAUGAACAAGAUUCAGGCCCGCGAAGAGGACCCCAUCAGCGAUCUUAUUAAGCAGCUCAUUGACAGCAUUGGCGGUGAUAGUAAGAAGGGUGGUCUUCUCGGAGGCGCUCUUAUCCCCGGCAUCCUCAACGUCAAGCCCGAGGAGCAGAUGAGCAAGGUCCAAGCCCGCGAGGAGGAUCCCAUCAGUGAUCUUCUUGAGCAGAUCCUCGGCAGCCUGACCGGCGGCGGCGGCGAUAAGAAGGGCGGUCUCCUUGGUGGCUCCAUCAUCCCCGGCAUCCUCAAUGUCAAGCCUGAAGAGUCCAAGGUCCAGGUUCGUGAGGAGGAUCCCAUCAGUGAUCUUCUCGAGCAGAUUCUUGGCAGCCUCACCGGCGGCGGUGGCGACAAGAAGGGUGGUCUCCUUGGCGGUUCCAUCAUUCCCGGCAUCCUCAACGUCAAGCCCGAGGAGCAGAUGAACAAGGUCCAGGCCCGUGAGGAGGACCCCAUUAGCGACCUCAUCCAGCAGCUUAUCGGCAGCCUCACCGGUGGCGGUGAGAAGAAGAAGGGCGGCCUUCUCGGCGGUGCUCUCAUUCCCGGUAUCCUGAACGUUAAGCCUGAGGAGCAGAUGAACAAGGUCCAGGCUCGUGAGGAGGAUCCUAUUGCCGAUCUUCUCAAGCAGAUUCUUGGUCUUGUUGGCGGCGACAAGAAGAAGGGUGGCCUCCUUGGCGGCGCUCUCAUCCCUGGCAUCCUGAACGUCAAGCCUGAGGACAGCAAGGUCCAGGCUCGCCAGAUUGAUGAACUCCUCGAGAGCCUCAAGGGCGCCGUCGGCGGUGAGGAGGAGGAGAAGAAGGGUGGCCUCCUCGGUGGAGCCAUCAUCCCCGGAAUCCUUCACGUCAAGCCUGAGGAGGAGAACAAGACCCAGUAA